GGAGGGUGUAUAAUCGUUGAUUGGAACAGCGUUAAACAAGCCUCGCCCAGAGCACAUUGAUCUGUCGUAUCUUUCGACGUGUGCCGAAUCUUGUGUGAAAACUUUUAUUACUUUUAGUGACAUUCAUUGACAAAGAGGAAAUAACGGGUGUGGGGUAUGCAGUGACAGAGUGUUAGAGGUGUGGAAAUGAACGGUUACGAUCAUUACGGACGGAACGGAUUCCAUCCUGUAAACUCUGGAGAUCCGUUUAAUCACAGAGAUGACCCUUACGAUAGAAAUGAAUUUGGAAGAUCUCACAGAAAUGGAUUUGGACCUGAUAUAGUAGAUAGAUCCAGCUUUGACGGUCGAUUUGACACAAGAGACAUGAGAGAAAAUGAGUUUGAGCUGGACCAUCUCGCUACAUUCUCCUCCAAAACAGGACCAAUGUCAGCAGAGGAUGGAUUACGGAAGCUGCGGCAGAUGGAAAGCUCUACUGGAAUCUGGACCAUGAGAUGUGUCAUGAUAGUGGAAAAAAAUAGCAACACACUCGUAAUCAUUGACAAGAGUAAUGGGGAGGAACUAGAACGAUUUCCCAUUGAGCUUGUUCACGAACCUACGGCCAUAUUCAAGGAUGAUAAAAGGGAAAUAUAUACCAACUUGAUACUGUUCACAGUUAUUGAGGAUCCACGUCGGAAAAACGGUCCCUCUGACAUGCAUAUUUUCCAGAGUAUUAUGGCCCCGGCACAGGAUAUUGUAGAUGAAAUUCAGGCAGCAAAGGAUGGCAGACCCACAGGUUCUUUUGGGCAGAGAAUUCCUCCUCCACCUAUGGGUCCUGCCCCCAACCCACCUAGAUUUGGAGAUGCUGGUCAUUGGGUCAUUGGGAGGCCUACUGUCACACGCAGGCAGUUCUCAUCCAGUUCUGCCGAUUUUAAUCAGGAAUUUAUCAAAUCCAGCCAAAACUACCAAAAAACUUACUUGAAAGAGAAUGCAGGGCUUGGUCGCAGUGAUUUCUACUCACAACAGGGCGGUAGAGAACGAGAAAACCAAGCCAAUAAUUUCGUAGAUGAUGAAAUUAACUUCAGACAAAGUAGAGCAGGGGGUGGAUUUGGACAGAGUAAUAGAGCCUCCUACAUGCCCACAGACAUGGACAGUGGCCAGAAUGAAAUUCUCGAAAGGGAUGUGCAACUGUUGAAUGCCUGCUUUGAUGACAUAGAGAAGUUUGUGUCCAGGCUACAGCAAGCUGCAGAGGCGUACAAAGAAUUGGAACGGCGAAGGAAAGAUCGCAACAACAAAAAGUCCAAAAACAGCCGACAGUCGGGAGAAGGCAUGCUAAAUAUGAGAGCAAAACCACCGCCAGCAGAUGACUUUAUUGACAUUUUUGAAAAAUUCAAAUUCGCAUUUAACUUGCUGGCUAAACUAAAGGCUCACAUACAUGACCCCAAUGCCCCAGAGCUUGUUCACUUUUUAUUCACACCACUGAGCUUAAUAUACGAGGCUAGUCGUGACCCUGUGCAUGGGGGUCGUGACCUUGCUGAGAGUGCAACAAGGCCAGCCAUUACACAGGAUGCUAAGCAAUUGUUACUGAACUGUUUGACAUCUAAAGAAUUGGAAUUGUGGCAGUCUCUUGGGAAAUCUUGGACAAACAGCAGGGAUAAUUAUGGAGACACCUACAUGCCUCGAUUUUACAAUGGUUGGGCCCCAGCGAUGUCUGCUCCAGUGGACAGGAUAGACAGAAGUCGGAUGGAGGAUGCUUUAAUGAACCAUGAGAGACAGAUCCGAGACCGUGACAUUGAGGACAGAGUACGGAGAGAGGGAGGAGAAUUGGUGAUGCCCUUCCCACCAACUCGUGAUGAAGAUAGGAAUUACAUAGGACGUUCAACUCGAUACGAUCAAUACAGCCGACCCCCUGAGGAUAACUACGCAAGGUCGACCAAGCGUCCUUCUACUCCCCCUCCUGGGGUCCCCUUUACUAACCCUAAUGUUGCACGGUAUCAGGAGCAUGUUGAGCAACACAUUAAUAGAAACAGGGAGGUACAUGAGCCCAGAAUGAGCGAGCCCCGAGUUCUGACCAGACAGGACAAGAACAUUCAGUUUGCACAGGACGUUCUGAGAUCCAAUGGAAAGGUUAUGGAAGCAGUUCAUGAUCGUCAGGGGAGAAAUAACAAAGAAAUCACAGUGGAGAAGGGAGAUUUAUUGCAGGUCCUAGAUGAUUCCAGGAACUGGUGGAAGUUGAAAAACCAUGAAGGUCACAUUGGUUAUGCCCCCUACACAAUUCUGAAGGAAUAUGCAGCUUCUGAUAUGGAGAUGGACAAGAGGGCCUGGGAUCAUUUGAUGACAAGGGGUAGAAGAUCAAGUGGAGAAUACAACAGCCACAUUCAGACAAACGGGGCCCCCGCCCCUCCAGCACCCCCUCCCCCACCCCAGGGUGGAAGUCGACGCCAAGACGACAAUGACAACAGAAAGCAACGCCAGAACAGCAGCAGACGACAUCGUCAGAGCGAAGACUACAGCAGUGGGAGCGCGAGCGACGAGGACCGACGAUCGCGUGGACGGAGAAGUGAUAGAGCCCACAGCUCACGCAGUCCACGUGACGACAGUGAUGGCUGGAGCCGAGACAGCAGCGACAGAGAGCAAACAAGUCACAGGUCUAAUCGACAAAGCGACAGACGAAGACAGCGGUCACCACCCUCAAAAUACAGUGAUCCGCCAACCCCCAGAUAUGAUGAUCCUCCCAGAAAAUACAGAGAUCCAUCACCAAGACGUAAGGAUCCUCCUCCACCUCCACCACCUGCAUCUAGACCCCCUCCUCCAAGAGGUCAAAGAAUCACCACUGAUAAGAAAAGAGAUGAUCUUCAUGACGAACUUCAGCAGCGAAUGUCCCGGGGUCCAAAGUCAGGUCAAGGCCCUAAGACUGCCCAGAAACCGCAGAGAGAGCGCCCUCAGGUCAAAACCAUCACAGCAAGGUCAACCGUGGACGAAGUUGGCGAUUGGCUAGAUACAAAGGGAUUUUCUGAAGAAUGCAUCCGAGUAUUUCGAAGAUACAAUGGAGAAGACAUGUUCCGACUGAAAAGGAAAGAGAUGGACCGACUUAUUGGCCCUCAAGAGGCACAGCGCCUGGAAAGUCAAAUCCUUGUCCAGAAAAACAAAGAAGGGUAUAAGACGGCACGCAGUGGCGGGAAAGAGUUGCAGGCGAUUCUUCACAGGAGGAAAGAAAUGGCGGACCGGAAAGGAGAUGAUAAUCCUGCAUUCGCUCCAGAAUCACCCGACUAUUCAGAUUCCGAGAGUGACGCCUCCGACAAUAUGGAGAACGUUGGACUGACGUUGAGAGCAAUGUUACGUCAUCAGCGUAAACGGAUUUCUAAGAGCGUGUAUCAUGAUUAGCGUGUGUCAUAUCCAGA